AACACAGCUUCCUAGAAAACAUAAAUCUUGAUAUAGUUUCGGUGAAAAGUCAUAAUACCAAGCAUGACCAAAACUUGAGUUAGAAACAAAACAUUUGUUGAACAAGCAGAUGUUCUUAAAAUGCAACCAAUGCACUACAACAUAAGAACAUGUUAACAAAAGGUCUGUAAAGUCAAGCAUUCGAAAAAGGAGGGAUGUCUUGAAAAACCUCAACAUCAACAAAGAAACAUAAAAUGAAGCAAGGAUACCUGUAGAAAAUCAGUAGCAAGAGCGGGCAGUACUCGUAGUUGAAGGAGCCAGUUUCUGAACGGUGACUAGAGAUUGAUUAUCGAGACACAUAAAUUGACAGUUACUGUCAUACUUGCAACAACCAUUUGACCAAAACUAGCAAACUAGUCUGUAAGAAGCCGGAGAAAAUGGAGAGAUCACCAUGAAUAAGGAAGGGCAACAACUUGGUGCUUCGAUGGAUCGGCAGUGUUUUGAAAGGAUUGCGAUAGCCACGCAUGACGACCUGCCGAGCAAAGAGACCCAAGCCCGACAGCACCCAUCCCUUGAAAAACCGAAUUUCCAGAUCUGCUCUGUUCUUCCUCCUCUGCCACCGGUUGCUACUGGGUGUGAAUUUUGGUUUUUCCUGGUUCUUGAUCCUUGGGGCACUUUAGUACGUGGAUUGAGUCUUCAGUUUUAUGCGAGUGAGGAAGCGAAGUCAAGAACGGGGAAAAACGAGGGGAGUGACGAGUUAGAAGCUAGCCAUCUUGUAAAUUGAACAUAGAUUUUAGAUAUAAAUCAUGAUCUUGUAAGCUAGACUUUAUUUGGGGAUUUAUGAUAUUAGGGCGAAUUUUAUAAUUUUAUCUUCAGAUUUUGUAGUAUUAGAUUGUGGUAUGAUAAAGUUCCGAGCCUUGUGCAUUUGUGAAACCCUCUCACAAGUGUACGGCAUCUGCCACGUCCUCGGAUUUGGGUUUUGGGGCGUGACACAUCUUAAAAAUAGUCCUAUCAAGAUUAGAUAGGUGAAAUCCUACUAGAAUCAGAAUACCCAAACACCAAUCAAAUAAAGUUAUACUCCUAGGAUAACUUUAUGUAAAUAUCCUAUAAAUACCUCAAAAAUCA